CAGCCAGUGCCUGCUGCCCCAGAGGCCCCAGGAGGUGGGGACGUGGAGGAGAUGGCUGCAGGCGUGAUCCAGCCUCUCUGUGACUUUCGGCUGUCUCUGCCGUCCCACGGACCCUUCCUGCCCUCAGACCCAGAGCCCCCAGACACUUCUGAGGAGGAGGAAGAAGGGGAGGAAGAGGAGGAGGAUGGGGAGGAGGAACUGGAGGUCGAGGGGCCAGAGGGCCACGGCCCAGCCUCCCGGAGCUCAGGCUGGGCCCCAGAAGUGGGCCCUCUGGAUCCAAGCUGCCCAGAGACACCACUGCAGCUGCUUCGGUUCUCUGAGCUCAUCAGUGGCGACAUCCAGCGGUACUUUGGCCGCAAGGACAGAGGGCAGGACGCAGACGCCUGUGACAUCUACACUGACAGCCACCUGGCUGGCAGCUCGGCCAGAGAGCUCCCCUGCGCUGACCUGGUGCACCCAGCCCAGGGUGCUUCCCCAGAAGACAAUGAAGCCACCGAGCCUGGGGUCUGCUCACCCAGGGGCCCUGAGGGGCAGGCACGUGGGCCGGGGAUCGGUGGGGAUGGGGCGCAGCCACUGGGGCCCCUGGCUGAGCUUUUCGAUUACGGGCUGCGACAGUACUCAGGACCCAGGGCACCCGCCAGCCGCCGCCUAAGGCUGGAGCGCAAGUAUGGCCACAUCACCCCCAUGACCCAGAGGAAGCUCCCCCCGUCCUUCUGGAAGGAGCCGGCGCCCAGCCCCUUGGGCCUGCUGCACCCCGGCAUGCCUGACUUCAGUGACCUGCUAGCCAGCUGGUCAGCUGAGGCUGGCCCCGAGCUGCUGGGCGGCGGGGCCCAGGCCCUGGAGGGGGUGCAGCUGGCUGAGGCCUAGCGAUCAAGCAAGGGUCAGUGGGGGUGAGCCGAGGGUAACAAGGGUCUGGACUCUCCUUAUCACUGUCCUGAAAGGAGACCUCGGGGACCUCCAGCCAGGGCAGCCACCAGCAGGACAAGCUGGCUCAGGUCGGGACUCCCCAGGCCAGGGCAGGGAAUGGGCAUGGGCCCUCCAGGAUCUCUGCCCACAGGAGGGGAGGAUGGGGUAGGAGCUGUUGUGGCCCCUCAGAGGCAGUGGGCUCAGGGGGUCCACAUGCUGUGUGAGCCCCAUUCCCCUCUAGACCAGCCUGGGAGAUUCCAGUCAGUGGCAAGGGCACCCUUCCACACGGCCCACCCACCCGGCUGGUCCCAGGGCUGCCCCUCCUCCUGGCAAUGUCUGCAGCUGGUGGCAGGGCCAGUGGCCCUGAGAGGCCAAGAGUUUCCUGGAGGGUCAGGGAGAGGGGGCAGGUCUGAGUGCGCAAACGAAUGCACUGUUUGCUCCUAGAUGAAGGCAGAAGAGCCGCUUCCUCUGGGGGUCUGGUUCCAAGUGGGUCUCUGGCCACCGUGCCUGUGGACAGAAGGCCCUGGGGGGAGCGGCUGGGCCUGGGGCUCAGCUGGCUUGGGCGGGAGCAGGAGUUCUGGGAGUCCAGGAAAGGGGCCUCUUAGUCACUCUCCUGCCUGGGACCUCCUGACUCCCUGGGAGAGAAUUCUGGACACUGAUGGGCACAAGGGCAUGUUUAUUUUGGGGAAAGGGGUAGGGAUAAAAGCCGGUGGGCAGGCUUCUGGCCGAGGGGUUUCUCCAAGACCACUCUGGGCCUCCGCCGGGCCACCAGGUUCAUGAGGACCGCCUUCCACUGCAGCCACCUGCCCAGAGACAUGGCUCACAGCCCCGGACCCCGCCUCCGCCCACUGCCCUCAGGGCCUCCCCCAGCCCUGAACCUGGACCUGGAGGGGUCUCCAGCAGGUGGCUCCCCACUGCCCACCUCACGGCCUGAUACAUGCCCCAGCAGUUCACUGGGACCACCUCUCCAGGGCCCACGUCCUUGAUGAAGAACUGCUGCCUCACCAGGGACAUGAGGACCCUCUUGCUGCCCAGCGUCAGGGCCCAGGGGCCCUCCUCACUCCACAGGCGCAUCACGCUCUCCCGCAGUGUGGCCAUCUCCUCCAUGCGCUGUGGACGUAGGGGCAUUGGGGUUGCCGUGGUGGCCAGGGCGGGGGGUGGGUGGUGGGAGUUGACACAGGAAUGCAGGAAUAGGACCAGAGUGGGGGCGGGACAGUGAACGAGAUUUAUCUCUUUCUGGGCAAAUCCAGGCCUUAUCUGCUGGGAAACACUGCAGGGGCCAAACAUGCAGACAGG